CGUCGUCUGCUCUAGACAGAUGUUGGAAAGCAUGGAUCACCACGACUGAUGCCUGCCUCCGGCUGAACUGGAAUAUUUAUGUUAAAUAUUUGUUUCUUUCAAAAUGGAUGAAGCGCUUCAUCAAUGUGGGAAUUAAAACAAAACAAUAAAUUCCAACCCAGAUAACAUAAUACUGGUACUGUGGGCUGUGAAAUCGCAGUUUCUAUGCUUUUUUUUAACUUCCAGCUUUUGCAGUAAUAUAAAUAUUUAGAAUGAACAUAAGUUUAACGCUGUGUUGGAAAUUACCAUGCUAUUGAGUUCCACUGCCCUUUUACUGUGCCAUAGUGUGGGUAAGUUUUUUGGAGGAACCAUACGAUGCGGACGGCUAACGUUUUUCGCUUCUUCUGUACGCAGUUGAUGUUCAGCACAUGCUUCCUACCAACAGUGGAUUCAAGUUCUACAGUUCUACUCGCAAAACCUGUCACAGCGGCGGGUAAACUGCCAGUCAUCAACAAGAACACGCCACUUCGUCUCCCACCGGACAUGCCCACCAUCCUGCCAAAAACGUUCGAGAGGCCAGCCUCAUCAUCAGCGACAUCAGCGGCGCCACACGAUAAGAGGGACCGGCCGAUCGCCUAUGCUUUCACUGGGCAUGGGAACAGCCACACGAUGCGGACGGCUAACGUUUUUCGCUUCUUCUGUACGCAGUUGAUGUUCAGCACAUGCUUCCUACCAACAGUGGAUUCAAGUUCUACAGUUCUACUCGCAAAACCUGUCACAGCGGCGGGUAAACUGCCAGUCAUCAACAAGAACACGCCACUUCGUCUCCCACCGGACACGCCCACCAUCCUGCCAAAAACGUUCGAGAGGCCAGCCUCAUCAUCAGCGACAUCAGCGGCGCCACACGAUAAGAGGGACCGGCCGAUCGCCUAUGCUUUCACUGGGCAUGGGAACAGCCAUACGAUGCGGACGGCUAACGUUUUUCGCUUCUUCUGUACGCAGGUUAGUAAUAUCGAUUCUUUGUACACUAAAAAAUCAAGCGACGUUUUUCUUUUGGUGUUCCCAUGCCCACGGGAGUUGUUCUCGAUCGUCGGUCAGAGUAUAGAUGUUGUAAAAUUGCUGAGGCUAUGCGGCGACGUUGAGGUAAACCCCGGUCCUGAAACGCGUAACAAACAGCUUGACGACAUGUGCAAACUGCUUCAAGAUGGUCAGUCUAAACUACUAAUGGUUGUAAAUGAAAUCAAAACAAAUCAACAGCAGUUGGAAGACAAAAUCACUGACAUCUCUAACCGGCUCCAGAAUGUGGAAACUAAGACUAAUGUUCUUGAUAGACUGGAUUGUGAAGUACGCACUACACAUCAGGUUCUAGAAGAAGUUAAAAAAGAAAAUGCAUUCUUGCGUGCUAGACUUGACGACCUCGAAGAUCGGUCUCGGCGAGACAAUCUAAUCUUUCAUGGUAUAGAUGACUCGCCCUCAGAGACCUGGGCCCAAUCUGAGCAAAAAGUACACUCGCUGCUUUCUAACGUCCCUGAGCUGAGCAUUUCUGAAGAGGGAAUCACUCGUGCGCACCGGCUUGGUACGUUUUCUCGAAACAAGUGUCGACCAGUAAUGGUAAAACUUGUGUCAACCAAAACUAAAGAGAGCAUCCUUUCAGCAAAAGCUAAACUAAAAACAUGGAACGUCUCAGUCAAUGAAGACUUCGCACCAGCCACACGUUAUGCGCGCAAGAAGUUGUUUGACUUCGCAAAAUCUCAGAGUCCCAAUAGUAUAUUUAAGAUAAGGUACAACAGACUUCACCUAAACAAGAAGUGUUACGCCUACUGCAGUACGAGUGACGAAGUUUAUGAAAUUUCUAGUGCUACCAGUGCUACUGAUAGAGGUGCCGAGUCACUCCAACCGCAACACGUGCAAUCAGCAACGUCAUAACAAUCGUGCACUCUUCCAGUCAAAGAUUCGACGGUGGAAAAUGUUUCUGUUUUCUUUACAAAUAUCCGAAGCGUAAUAAAGAAACGCGAUGAAUUGUGCUCCGCUCUUGAUUCUGCUUCUGCCGACAUCAUUGUGUUGACCGAGACAUGGCUCUCUAGCAAAAUACGUAACGAUGAACUUUUUUUUUGUGAUAAGCAGUACAAAGUUUAUCGGCAUGAUAGGGAUUCGCGGACGGGCGGAGGCGUGCUGGUUGCAGUUGCUGAUUACAUUGAGUCAUCCCAUAUUAACUUAGCAUCUAGCUUAGAAAUUGUGUGUGUACGUUUCCAACUAAGUCACAGAAACAUUGUUGUCUGUGCAUGUUACCGCCCACCUACCUUUGCUAAGAAUUUUGUGGAGUUAUUACAUGACACACUUAGCGGAAUUGUUUCAAGGUUUCCUAACUCGCAGCUAUUUAUUUUUGGCGAUUUUAACUACCCAAAUAUUAACUGGUCACAAGAUAUUCCUAUUUGCGUGCCUUAUUCUUCUGAAAGCAACGAUUUCCUAAAUCUCUGUGCAGAUUUUAAUCUUUCGCAAUUAGUAACCGAGCCCACGAGAAUUACGUCCUCAGCAUCCAACGUUCUUGAUCUUAUUUUAACUACGUCUAAGGACCUCGUAGAGCCGAUCUCUUAUCUUCCAGGUCUUAGCGACCAUUUAGCCUUGCAUUUUUUCCUGAAAAGUCCUAAGAACACUCCUGCUGAUUGUGUCAAACACAUCCGUGAUUACGCCAGAGCCGACUUUGAAUCCAUAAACCGCGAGCUAUGUACAUUCAUGGGCUCUUAUAUGCAGAAUUUUUCAGAACGAUCGGUUGAAGGCAAUUGGUGUCUGUUCAAAGAUAAAAUUACUUCAUUGAUCACCAACUACAUUCCCUGUCGUGUUGUCAAAUCAAACUCGAAAUCACCUUGGUAUAAUACGACUUUAAAAAGGCUGUCUAAUAAGAAAAAGCGCUUGUUUCGAGCAGCUAAAUCAUCAAUGUCUCCCGAUCGCUGGGCCGCGUACUAUUCGGCAGCUGAAGUAUACAAACUGGCCGUCGAUGAAACUAAAUAUAACUUCUUCAGCAUAAAAUUACCCUCAAUGCUCACUAACAAUCCAAAACAGUUUUGGAACUUAGUCAACCCUGCCGACAAACAUUUAAUACAACUUAAAAAUUCAGGCGGAGAGGUGAUUUCUGGUGAAGAUUGCGCUAUGACUUUCAACGAAAGUUUCAUCAGUGUCUUUAGUGAUUUCUUAGGUGCCAACCAUCCCGUACUACCAUCUUCUGAUUUUUUGCCCAUGUUACCAAUUGUGUUUGAUCCACCCGGUAUUGUUAAAAUUAUUGAAAACC